CGCUCGUGCGGUACGGACGCUCUCUCGUUCGAAAAGAAAAACGCGAACGUUUUACGGACUACGCUACACUCGUAAAUGAAAUGAAUAAAGUAUAUUGGCCGCAACAAAUUAGUUUUUCAGGAAAUUUAUAUUUUAAUUAUUGUCGGCGGAAUAGAGGACUUAUUGCACAGUGCGACGGUAUUUUUUUGGGAAAUUUAUAUCGUCGAUUUGGAAGUGGUUAUAGAGAGAUUCACAGGUGGUUUACCAGAAGCCCCAUCACUUCCAGAGAACUUCCAACAACUACCAGCUGAUAUACCUUUGAAAUAAUCAAGUGAUUUUGUGACUAAAACAAACUCCUUAAAUUCUGUGAUUUCUUUUUUAAGUUUAAUAAUUAAGUGAAUUAUAAAAAAUCAUGCACAACUUGAACGUUAACUUGGCCGCUACCGCGGCAACUGCAGUCAACCAUCUUCUGGUGGAAAGCGGAGGUACCACUCCGAGAACGCCGGAAAUUUUAAAUUCCCUCAUCGCCAUGACGAAUCCACUGGACGGGUACCAUUUCGGCGAAGUGGCGCCAAAAAUUCGAAGCUCUGUACCGCCCGCAGCUAGUACCAGUAGCGAUUCGAAUAGUUCCAGCAGUAGUCAGGUGGAAUCUCCUGUAGGACACAACCCACCCUCCGUCCAGCACACCUGUUCGCAGCUAAUCAAAGCAGGACUCAAACUGACCAUCGAACAAAAACGAAAACAAACCCAACCUGUUAUCAGCGACUGCGAGGACCUUUUGGAUUUGGACAAGGCACCGAAACGGUUCAAAAGGAGCGAUUGCAGCGAAAGCGAGGACGAUAAGAUCAAGCAGGAACCGACUGGCUUGACGCCGGAAGACGAAGAACGACGCAGACGUAGACGCGAACGCAACAAAAUCGCGGCGACGAAAUGCCGUCUGAAAAAACGCGAACGAACCGCCAACCUGAUUCACGAAUCCGAAACGCUGGAAACUCAAAACAUCGACCUCAAAAAUCAGCUACAAGAGCUUAGGAACCAGGAGCGGAUGCUGAUGGAUGUUUUAUCAGCUCACAGGCCUCAAUGUCAGCACAGCAUUGGUCCUGCAACGAAAGAAAGCAUUUACAAGCUUCCUCCGGUAUCCUCCGUUAUAGAGCAUCAUUCGUAUAGUAGGCCACCAUCAGUUAAUUCAUUUAGGGAUCAAAACCAAGAGAUUUACUCAAGGCCCAAUAUAACAAUAUCCAGUCAAUUGACCUAUACGAGGCCGACGAUGAGCUACAGCCGACCUCCGAGUAUAAUAGUCGAGGAUAUUGAGGACUACGACAGCCAACAGUUUAUCAAUCUGGAUAGUAUAAAUCCGUACUACGCCAGUUCGCCCUGUCAUAACAAUUACACUUCGGCUCAGGGUUAUGGUAACAGUCAAGGGAUAGAUAACGGGUGUAUGGUCUGAAUUAUUUGUCCUUAUAUUAACAACUAAUCCCAGUGUUUCCUGUAUUGAUUUGUUACAAAAAAGAUUAAUUUUUGAUUGAAGAAUCGCGAAAUUUCAUAACUAAAGGUAAAGGUUACGGCCGUAAUAUUACAUACAAAAAUAAAAAGGUAUUGAAAACAAACGAAACAUAAAAUUUAAUAAAUUUGAGUCAAAUUAAACUCAAUCAAGCACUGUUCUUAGUCUGAGGCUUUGGAAAGAGCAAUCAAACAAAUUCUUUGUCCGCUGACAUGCAGCAGGAUGGUGAUGUUCGAAAAGACCAUUGACCAGAAGUAAUAGAGAAAAACCCGUCAUGGGUGAGAUUCUUUGUUAAGCAAAGUUUUCUGCAUCUUGUCUCAUACCCAGACAGCACAGAGGCGUAUAUCUUGAAGACGUCUCUAAGUUGUCCAUAAACGGCAUUCAAGACGUCUGGAUUAGGAGCCACCAUCUUCAAAUAUGAGGUAUAAAAUCUCUUUUACAGAGCGUAGUUCUGACCGCAUUAUAAUCUGUGACAACCUCAAAUUCAAUUACAAUAAGAUAUAGUCGAAAAUGUUUAAAAGUGCAUCCACCACAGCUAUGGUUUCAAGUUCGUAAGAGUGGUAUCUCUGUUCAUCCUUGGUGGUUUGGCCAGAAAAGUACAUGACAGGUCUCAAUGUGUUAUCAGCUUGCUGUUGCAAAAGUAUGCUAAUAAUACCCCAUUUUGAUGCAUCCGAAUGCACUUCAGUUUUUAAACUUGGAUCAUAUAUAGCUAGUACUGGUCGUGAUGAUAAUUUUUCCUUCAGAGUAUCGAAAGCUUUACUUUGUUCAAUACCCCAAGAAAAUGUAACAUCCUUUUUCGUUAAGGAUGAGUGAUCGUAGCAAAAUCGUGUAUGUACUUUCAAAAGUAGCUAGCUAAACCAACAAACUGUCGAACUUUAUGAACAUGUGUGGGGACUGGAUAGCUUCAGAUUUUCGUUUUCCAGGUUGAACACAGAAUCUGCAUAUCUCGUGACCAAGAUAUUCCACUCUCUCCAUAAAGAACUGACACUUGGAUAAUCUUAAAGUUAGUCCAGUUGUUCUAAUGGAUUCAAACACUGUUUUUAACAUGACUAAACCAGAGUCAAAAUAUUUUUGAGGCAGAAGCACCUCAUCCAUAUAAGCUAUCACAUUACCAUUUCCAUAUCGAUGAUUUCCUAAGACUUUAUUAAUUGUCCUUUGAAAAAUCACGGCAGCAUUACAUAAUCCAAAAGGAACACGCAAAUAUUCGUGAUGGCCAUCAGGCGUAAUAAAUGCAGUCUUGGGAAUUGAAGACUUUUCGAUUGGAAUCUGAUGAUGGGCGCUGGCUAAAUCUAAACUUGUCUAAAAUUGUAAAAGUUUUUAUAAAAAAUCGUUAACGUGAGGUAGUGGAAAUCGAUCCUUGAUGGUCUUGGAAUUCAAAGCCCUAUAGACGACAUACAUACGCGGUUCCCCAUUUUUUUUUUCAACUAACAAUAUGGGGCUUGAAUUUGGCGAUUCACUUUCCUGGAUAAUGCCAUUCUUAAUACACAAACCAUUAUUCACGUUUAGUCCUGGUUGUACUGAAUAGUUGUUUUUAAGAUGUGAAUUUACGAUAUCUUACGUCUUCUAGACGUUCAGACGUGAUGCAGACCUAAAAAAGACGUCUUUAAGACUUUGUGUGCUGUCUGGGCUGUUAUUAAUUCUUUGAGAAAAACCUAUAGACUAAAAUUACGUCUACUUCCUUUACCUUUACCCUCAAUGUUUUUUUUUGGGACCCAAAAAUGUUUGUAUACGAUUUUAAAUUAUUUCAUUUUAUCUAUAAUAUAUCCGCUGAUGGGCACUACAUACGGAUUAUCAAAAGAAAAAAAUUUUUGUGCAAUUCCUUUUUUUUUCCCGGUGUCUCUUCAUUAAUUAAGGUCUAAUUAAGUUACAAUUCGCUACUCGUUAGAUAUUUAUAAUUAGGAUAAUAGAAUUUAGGGAUUUUCUAAUACGAGCUUAAUUUCUUUUGAAAAGUUUUAAUAGUUGAAACGUGGCAGAUAAUAAUUUAUAAUUUUAAAUUUAUUAGUGAUGGCAUUCAGUCAGUACUGUAAAAUGAAUGGGCACUUGCAAAAUUGUUUAAUUAUUCAACUAAAGUCCUAAAUAUUUCCAAAGCAAUGUCCAGUGUGCCCUUAAAUUCACCCUUUCCCCCCUUUGAAAAGCAAUUCAGGCCAGUAAAAUUUAUUUUAACUAUUCCUUGACUGUAACGUUCAAUAAAUUUAAGUUAGUAUGUAGUCCAGUGAAUUAUAGGCGCAGUUAGAUUGAAAAUGUACAAUACAGCACAACUUUCGUGGAAAAUUUUAUUUGGCUAGGUACAUUUUUUCCUCCACUACUGAGAUAGUCAGAACCUAUUUCGUGAAAUUAUCAAAGUUAACAUUCUACUGCGCCUAUUGCUACAUAUACUUGUUAAUUAUUGUUAUUAAAAAGAUCUGAUUUGUUAUUAAUUGAUUUGCAAUUUUUUGCAGAAAAAACUAUAAGAGAGCAUUCCAAAAAAAGUAAAAUUUGUUUUUUAGACUUUAUUCCUUUUAUAAUACUUAUAAACCUAAGCUAUGCCACUUAAUUGUUUUGGCAACUGUUAAUUUUUGUUACUGCCAAAAUAUGUCUCGUUGUUCACUUUUAUUUCCUGUGUUAAUUUAUUAUAUUUUUUCUACUCUAGUAGCUUAUAGCGAUUUGUACCUUUUGCACCAUAUUAGUAUAGUAAGAUAUAUUUUUAUAUGAACGUUUUUGAGGACAAAAUGGGCCUUCACAACACAACAAACUUUUUUGUUUGUUGUUAGGCCAGUUUUGUCCCUUUUGUUAAGGUAAGAAAUAUUUUCUAAUAUUACCUGAUAGUUUUUUUGGGUUGUUAAUUAACAAGUUGCUUGAGCCAAUUAUUUUUUCAUUUAUAUAAUUUGUGCUUUAAGAUUAUUGCUUGCUUACAUAUUAGAACUGUGACAUUUUUCUCUUGAAGGAAAAACGGAACAAGUUUUAUAUAAAAAAAAAUAAAUAAAUAAAAAGACAACUUAAAUUUUUGUGAUAUAACAGAGAUGUUAAUUAAUAUGUAGUUUUAGGUUUUCCUUGUACACAGCUUCUUUUUAUUCACUGUGCCAUCACACACGAGUUAUUUAGGCUUAAAAAUUGUUUUUAUUUUUUAUACAGAGAAGGCGUGUACUAUUCUUUUAACUUUGCUUUAUUUUCUUUUAAUAAAUCCCAAGUUACCUGUCCGCUUCUUUUAAGUUACCCCGCUGUAGAUUAUCAAAUACGGGUCCCGUUGAAGAGUUUUAUAAAAAAAUUAUUACCUACCAUUAGUAGUGCCUUGUGAAAAUAAUAUUAAAUACCUACUACAGAUUUUUAACAUUUAUUUUAUUUAUAUAUUUUGAACAGAUUUAUAUUAGUAAAUAAAAAAGUUUUAAUUUUUAUUAAU